GUUGAUUCUCACGUAAAUUGCGCACUGUACUGUUGUGGCUCUUCAAAACGCCUCGGCUACCCAUGUGUGUUUCGUCUAUCCCUUUCGGAACGCCUGCGCUCGUAAAUGAUGCUUGGGUUGGGCUCAUGCAGACGGAGCCUUUGCCUUCUAUACCGUUGUCCAUUUUGCAGAUCCCAUUGUCAUAUGUACAAUGAAUGCCUUCAAGUCAUGCCCUCUUGGGUCUUGCUCUCGCUUAUAUGCCAAAGUACGUUUUCAUCCUCUCGUAAACGUAAAAACUUGUCGCGACCAUGGGAAUCACUUUGACGUAACCAAUCCCCAGGCCAACGAAGAAGCCUUUGAUGCCCUUGUCAGCCUGUAUGCUGCGUGCGACUUCGAUCAUUGUCAAUCGGUGCCCAUCGCCAACAACGCCUCCGACCUGCAUCCUUCGCCUGAUCACCUCGAGCGGAUAUGACACCGUCUGGCUGACGAAGCCUGCCACUGCACCAGUGGUCAGCUCAGCCCAUGCUCGGAGCGGAGGUGGCUUUCCUGGCGCCAAUUGUUUCUGUGAUCGCUCGGAAAUCGGUAGUAUCGUAUAUUCGGCAAGAGCAGGAAGACGCAUGAAAUCUCCAGCUGCGUCAUGCGUGAGGAAGGACGCUCCUGCAUAUGGUACCAUGCCCCACAACGUUGGCGUAAACCCUCGAAAGAAGUUGCCCAACCCACUUCCUGGGGUAACAGUCCUGAUAGCGGCUUGUGUAGCGUCAACUGUCGCUCCCAGAGAUUUGGACAUCGCGGCAGUAUUUGUAGCAAUGGGCUCUGGCGGCCUUUCUAGAUAUAUCUUCUUGCAUAUCUCUCGUACUGUGACUCUCUUGCUCGACUUAGUCUCCCAGGCCAGCCGUACUCUUAUCACCUCGAGCGGGUACGUGCUGAACACGGAGCAUAUACCUGCCAGACUUCCCGCUGCAAACCGUCGAUAUGGUGUUUCGUGCUCUUUGGUGGGUAUUACCACGGCGCGGACCUGUUCAUAUGCCAGGAACUUGAUCCCGCCAUAUGGAAAGAUGCGAAGCAACGUAGCCGAGUGUCCACGAAAGAGACCUCCCACUCCGCUCGAAGCGUGUAUGUCUCGGAUCGCCUUUGCAGCGCCACUCCACGACCCAAUGUACUUUUCAAAUUUGGGGUUAUUGGCCUGGAAGAGGAUCUUGACACGGUCGAGCGGUGCAACCACGGUCUUCGCCGCGCAGGCCGCGAGGCCACCCGCAACACCGGAGCGUACGACAUACUCCCAACUCUGCUUGGGGAUCUCACGCUGCUGGCGUGGUGCUUGUCGCGGUAUCAGCGUUUCCGUGUCUGUCGGACAGACCCCAGGCAAAUGCGGCUUCAUCUCAGGUGGUUCGUUCGUCUGGAGUCUCUGAAUUCCACUGUCAUGGCUGGCAUGCUGCCCUGCAGGCACUGUGGUCAUCGAUUAUGUACGGAGCGGGAUGCGUGGUGGAAGUGGGCGUUCAAGGCGAUCGUGUUGGCGACAUUGAGAUUCGGGUCCUUGUUUUCGAAUGUGGUAUUGCGCUUCACAAUAUGCUUUCGUGGGAGAGUGGCGGCAGUCUGCCUACGUGUAGGAGUGCUGAGUCUGUCUUAUGGCAGAGCGAAGACAAGACGACAGUACUUAUCGACAUCCCCGGCUCUGUUGCUGUCGCUCAGGGCACGGCAGACGAACCAUGUGCACAUGUGCUGCAGUCGUCGGUGCCUCUCCAGAAGCCCUUCUCAAUCCCAGCACCAAAACUCGUGAAGGCCGAGGGAAAUCUCAGUAAUAAGUCCGAGGAUGAAAAUUACCGAGUUCUGCUCAAGGCAGCUCUAGGAACAGUCGAGUCUCGUUGCAAUGGCCAGUGGUGUCUUCCCAGACCAUUUAUCUUCGAAGGUGAUCAGGACCGGGAGGAGCAAGGUGAGCCGUCAUCUAGGAAACGGAAAUCGACAGAUAUAGAUCAAAGUCUGUCUCGUGAUCCUCUGCCUCCAACUCUCCUCGAGGUCGCCGUAAAAGGGACUCGGAUCCCUCUGGAAUAUAAUGUAGAACCUCGAAGCAAUAGGCUUGAACAAGACUACGAGUUUGACUACGAGCCCGGCUCUAACCUCUGGACUUACACCACAGUGCCGGCGAUCUUGACUAUUACAAGUCAUGUCCUGGAUACAGCUACAUCCCUACAGUAUCGUUUCCGUCUACCAGCAAAUUCAGUAGCUUACUUGAGCGACUGUUCGCAGCCCCGAUCAUUCCACGAACUAGUUAACGAGCGACAACAGAAGUUCGAUUUCAUCCUUCUCGAUCCACCCUGGCCAAGUCGUUCUGUCAAGCGAACACACCAGACCCCAGGGACGUCGUACUCUACCACGAAGCUGAUUGACCUGGACACCAUGCUAUGCGGUUUGAACCUGCGUUCACUUCUGACUGGGCCAGGAUAUGUAGCAAUAUGGAUCACGAAUAAACCUGCCGUCCGAGCCCUCGUUCUGGGAUCAGGUGGACUAUUUGAGAAAUGGGGUAUUUCCCUGGCCGAGGAAUGGAUAUGGCUGAAGACCACUGCAGCUGGUGAGCCUAGCAGUCCAUUGGGCGAUACGUGGAAUGGAAAGAAACCGUACGAGAUUCUGCUCGUCGGUAAAAGCGGUCAGAGUGGAGUGACCAAUUUGAAGAGGAGAGUGAUUGUGGGUGUACCGGAUUUGCACUCGAGGAAGCCAUGCCUGAAGGAACUGGUCGGCGAUCUUAUUGGAACUGAGGCACCAGUGUUGGAGAUUUUCGCAAGACAUCUUGUGUCCGGGUGGUGGAGCUGGGGUAAUGAGUGCUUGAAGUUUAACUGGGAAGGAUAUUGGCAACAGGCAGACGAGGCAUAA